AUGCCGCCACAAAUAAAGCAAGAUCUCAACCGCUCAGGAUGGGAGUCCACAGAUUUCCCCUCCGUUUGUGAGAACUGCCUCCCAGAUAAUCCAUAUGUACAGAUGUUAAAACAAGAUCACGGCCUGGAGUGCAAGAUAUGUACACGGCCUUUCUCAGUCUUCACAUGGAAACCAGAUCGAACUACACGAUCAAAGCGAACAAAUAUCUGCCUAACAUGCGCACGGACACGGAAUUGCUGCCAGUCAUGUCUGUUGGAUCUGUCUUUCGGGCUGCCAAUUACAAUCAGAGACGCUGCGCUCAAACUAGCUGGCUCUGCCCCCAACUCCGGCGUCAAUAGAGAGUACUACGCUCAGAAUAAUGAGAAGGCUUUGGAAGAUGGGGUUGGUCUUGAAGAAUUUGAGAAAGAAGAUGAGAAAGGGAGAGAUUUGUUGAGGAAAUUAGCACAGAGCGAACCGUAUUACAGGAAACAAAGAAGGAUAGAAGCUGCCGAAGGUGACAAGGGAGGAAGUGAGAUGUCACCCAGCACUGGAGCAGGAAAAAGCCUUGGACCGGUACGAACCUCAGACAGCAGAGCCAGUCGUGGAAGGGGAGGAGCUAGAGGGGGUCGAGCAUUUCCAGGCACCACCCAAUUACCACCACAACCAAGAGACUGGGAACCACCAAGAGACCGAAAUGUGCUAUCCCUGUUCGUUACAGGUGUCGAAGACGACCUUCCGGAACACGCCAUAAGAACGUUUUUUGCCCCUUUUGGGGCUCUACGAUCUAUAGUGUGCUCUCAUCGCUCUCACUGUGCUUUCAUAAAUUACGCAACGAGAGAUAGUGCAGAGGUUGCAGCAGAUCAUUGCAGAGGGCGUGCAAUCAUCCAGGGUGUACCGCUGAGAGUAACCUGGGGAAAGCCGAAGGCAUUGGAUCAUCUCGAUACUGAAGAACGCAUGGCAUACGCCAGGAGCGGGAGAGAAACGGCUCGAGCAGUAGCCGCUGCUGAGCAAAGUGAUCCAACGUCGAGCUCGACCAGAGAAGAUGCCAAUGCAAUCGACAGAACGGACGACUUGGGUAGUAUUGCUCUGCCUCCGGGCCAAGGCGAUGUACAGUAUGCAAGUCUAGCAGGGGAUGGAUGA